CUUUUUUAUUUCCGCCCGGCAUCGACGAGAGACGCAUCGUCAUUGAGCCGUGAUUAAAAAGAAGUGAUUUUGGGAGCCGAACAAAUUUAAGAAAUGGCUUCACCACGAGUCUUUCUGGAUGUGACCGCUGAUGGUCAGCCAUUAGGAAGGGUUGUUGUUGAGUUGAAAGCUGAUGUUACACCCAAGACAUGUGAGAACUUCAGAGCUCUAUGUACUGGUGAAAAAGGCUUCGGAUACAAGGGCUCCACCUUCCACCGUGUCAUCCCCAACUUCAUGCUUCAAGCAGGUGACUUCACAAACCACAAUGGCACUGGUGGCAAGUCCAUCUAUGGUGAGAAGUUCGCUGAUGAGAACUUUGUCCUGAAGCACACUGGACCUGGUGUCCUCUCUAUGGCCAACGCAGGACCCAACACCAAUGGCUCCCAAUUCUUCAUCACCACUGUUAAGACCUCAUGGUUGGACGGCAGGCACGUCGUAUUUGGAAAUGUGGUAGAAGGCAUGGAUGUUGUCAAGAAGGUUGAGUCCUUCGGCUCUCAAUCUGGCAAGCCAUCCAAGAAAGUCAUCAUCUCUGACUGUGGUCAACUGUCUUAAGUUAAUGUAUUUACAAUACUUUAAGUUUAACAUGGAGUCCUCCUAUAUUACCUUCCCAGUAAAUAAUAUCUGUAAAGUUGCUGUGGUUCAUUCCAGUUGUGUUAUAAAUUUUUAUAACUAGGUCGCAAAUUACGAAUUGCAUUUACUUCUGUGCAUUGUUUAUUCAUAAUAAAUUAAUUAACUUA